GGAAGCUUCAACGAGUGUGCUUUCAGUGACAGCGGCAGGAUGAUGCAGAAGAGUUUAUCGUUUCCUUUGGCGGUAUGCAUCGGCUCAGGAACCGGGUUGUCAGUGCGUCGAGGACUCCGUAUGUGGUGGUCCUGGUUGAUCUCCAUGCGUCACCAAUGCCCCCACGGUCCACGGUCUGAUAACUAUAAAGGCCGUCUCUCUGGAAGGUUCAGUCUGUCCGCUCAAUCAACUUUUCCCUCAAACUCGUGCUGUUCAUACCUUCAAUAUGAAGCUCACUGCCUUUGCCCUAACUGCUUUCUUGGGUUGUGCUGUCGCGCUCCCUCAGCUUGGUCAGCUCGGCAACCCUGGACGGGGGCCUCCUGCUUCCUCUGACUUGCCCACUCCGGUGUUCUCCUCUGGCAACCCCCAGCGUCCCACUGGUGUUUUCGACAGGCGCCAGCUCGGCCAGCCCGGCAACCCUGGACGGGGACCUCCUGCUUCUUCCGACUUGCCUACUCCCGUCUUUUCCUCUGGCAACCCCCAGCGUCCCACUGGUGUUUUCGACAAGCGCCAGCUUGGCCAGCCCGGCAGCCCUGGCAGAGGACCCCCUUCUCCCGGCGAGGUCCCUGGAAGAGGCCCUCCCGCUCCGUGCGAGAUCCCCGGCAGAGGACCUUCCGUCGAUGGCAAGGACGGCGCUUGCACUCCGUUGAGCUCUACCCCGUCGUCUUCGGUUGCUGCCAGCAGCUCUGGCUUUUCUAGCGCGCCGACAGUGUCUGCCACCCCGACGCCCAGCUCGACUCCGGCCAGCAGCGCGUCGCUUUUCUAAGCCAACGACAA